CGGAAACUGAAUGACGUGGCGAUUGCCAACUGUCUAGAAGGUGACGUCUUGUUCUUACUGCUCUUGGAGAGCAGUUUUUGUGUUGUUAUAGGCGUAACAAAUUAUUAUAUUUCUAUCAGAUUUAUACGUAAUUUGUCGAAGAGAUUACAUUAUGUUCCUGUGGGACUGGUUUACCGGCGUUCUAGGAUACUUGGGAUUGUGGAAAAAAUCUGGAAAGCUACUGUUCCUAGGUUUGGAUAAUGCUGGCAAAACUACAUUACUACACAUGCUCAAGGAUGAUCGCUUAGCUCAGCAUGUACCAACAUUGCAUCCAACAUCAGAAGAACUGUCCAUAGGCAAUAUGAGAUUCACAACAUUUGACUUGGGAGGACAUCACCAAGCACGCCGUGUUUGGAAAGAUUACUUCCCCGCUGUAGAUGCAAUUGUGUUUCUGGUGGACGCAAGUGACAGAGGCCGAUUUGUUGAGAGUAAAACAGAGCUGGACUCCCUAAUGACUGAUGAGCAGCUGAGCAAUUGCCCUGUGCUUAUUCUUGGGAACAAGAUUGAUCGCCCAGAAGCUGCAUCUGAAGAUGAACUAAGGAACUUCUUUGCUCUGUAUGGCCAAACUACAGGCAAGGGUAAAGUACCUCGAGCAGAGCUCCCUGGACGCCCCCUAGAACUGUUUAUGUGCUCUGUUCUGAAGCGCCAAGGUUAUGGAGAAGGCUUCCGAUGGUUAGCCCAGUACAUCGAUUGAUGUGUCUGCCACACAUGGAUUUGUGUGUUGUGUAACAUAAGUGUGAUGAAGAGGCAGACGGUUCCAUCAGCUACUUGAAAUUUAUGAAACUGCUGUUGGAAUAUUAAUUUAAUUUUUUCCUGGGGUUUGUUUCAAGUUUGUUGUUGUUUGUGACAGUUUGAAAUGUGCAGCUCUACUAACAAAGACGGAUAAGUCAUCCUUCAACCAUUGAACAUUGUUGGAACUAGAUGAAUUGUUUAACUUGCUUCAUCAGUUAUCAAUGGGCUUUGAAUUUCAGGCAUGUUUUAUGUCUAAUUGCACAUUUCAAAUUGUGUAAUUAAUUUUGGUGAUCACUUUAGAACAAUUUUACUGAAAUGAGAAUUCUUAAUUGAGUGAGAAGUAAUAUUGUGUAAAAAGGACAUGACUUAUGACCAAACACUAGUGUUACUGUAACUGUGUACUAUUCGUAUGCGAAACAACUCAUUUUUAAUUUUGUGGUGUUAUAGUUGUUGAGGUGGGUUGUUCUGUACAAGAAUGAAUACUGUCAGUCCUUUUCUUAUUUAUCUGCAUGAUCCUCGGUCACGGAGAACCCAUCUUCGCUUCACAGAUAAUGUAUCAAUUUAAAGUGAACUCCUUUCUGCUCUCGUAACUUUGAAAGUGUUUGUCUCUAGAUCUAGUAUAGCAUUUGAUUUCAGUGAGCAACUGUAAAAUAUGCACAUGAGCAUUUUACAGAAGUGUUUAACACAUUUGUUGUAUGAAGAUUUCUGGGUUGUUACGCUGUGUAGUCUGGUAGAUGUUUACCAGCGUUUCAGAGGUUUAUAGGAGCUGGACCAGCUCAUAUAAACUUUGCGCCACCCACCCAAUUGGCAUAUUCAUCACCCUGAUGAUGGAGGCAGUAUGACCAGACUACACAGCGCAACCCAGAAGACAGAAAUCUUCAUACUUAACGCUGUGAAAACCUCAAUCAUACAUUUGUUGUAUGUUUUCUAGUUCCAAAUUCACCUUCCCUUUAUGCUACUUUUAUAGUGCUGUGGUCAUGGCUGCCAUGAGUAUGUGUUAUACAAUCUCCAUGAUAUUCUUUGUUAUAAAAUAAAAGCUCAUAACAUGA